CAGUCCCCGAGGUUGCCUCAUUCCCCGUCCUCUGAUCACAGCCUCUCCUCACGCUACCGAGACGCCGCCUCCGCCCGCGUAGCCUCGGCCAUGGCUCUGUAGCCGCGACCCAUUAGUGCCCCCGGCUCCUCUCCGCGCUUACCGCGCCAACGCUCUCCGCUUCCACCGUCUUUCUUCAAUCGAGGCAGCCGCCGCCUCUUCUUUCCACAGCCAUGGAGUACUCCACUUUUGCCUUGGUGCCUGUCUUUGCCCAGCUGAGCAGCCCACAGAGCCUCCUCCCAGCUGUUGGUGUAACCUCUUCUGCCUUCGGUGCCCAGCGCCUGUGCCACAGUCAUGUCACUCCUGGCGACCCUGGGGCUGGAGCUAGACAGGGCCCUGGUCCCAGCUAGCGGACUGGGCUGGCUGGUAGACUAUGGGAAACUCCCCCUGGCCCCUGCCCCCCUGGGCCCCUAUGAGGUCCUUGGGGGAGCCCUGGAGGGUGGGCUUCCAGGGGGAGGAGAGCCUCUGGCAGGUGACGGCUUCUCUGACUGGAUGACUGAGCGAGUUGAUUUUACAGCCCUCCUCCCCCUGGAGGCUCCCUUGCCCCCAGGUGCCCUGCCCCCACCUUCCCCACCUCCCCCUGACCUGGAAGCCAUGGCUUCCCUGCUCAAGAAGGAGCUGGAGCAGAUGGAAGACUUCUUCCUUGAGGGCCCACUCCUCCCUCCACCUUCACCACCACCCCCACCCCCACCCCCACCCUCCCUCCCCCUCCCCUUCCCCACUUUUGACCUCCCCCAGCCCCCUGCCCUGGAUACCCUCGACCUGCUGGCCAUCUACUGCCGCAGCGAGGUUGGACAGGAGGAUGUGGGCUUGGUGCCCCUGGCCCCACCUCAGCAGCAGCAGCAGCCUCCUCCUCCUCCUCCUCCUCCUCUUCCUCCUCCUCCUCAGUCCUCUCGCCCAACUCCCUAUCCAAAUCCUGCUACCGCCCGAGGGGACCGCAAGCAGAAGAAGAGAGACCAGAACAAGUCAGCAGCUCUGAGGUACCGCCAGAGGAAGCGGGCAGAGGGCGAGGCCCUGGAAGGCGAGUGCCAGGGGCUGGAGGCGAGGAACCGGGAGCUGAGGGAGAGGGCUGAGUCGGUGGAGCGGGAAAUCCAGUACGUCAAGGACUUGCUCAUCGAGGUGUAUAAGGCCCGCAGCCAGAGGAUCCGCAGCAGCUAGGGGCUAGGCCUUUGGGUUCUAGGGGCUGCUCAUCAGCUCAGGUCCAUUUUUGUCCUGGGGCUGAGGUGGGAGGAGGGGUCCUCCUGCAUCCCUUGGCCUCUAUCCUUAUUCUGCCCCCCCCCACACCUGCUUUUGUCCUUGUCUCCUCUUGCCUAUUCUGGAUUUUGUGCCCCUCAUGGGAAUGUUUAGCCUUAGUCAACACUGACACCCUCCACUACAGUGAGGAGCCAGAGCCCACAGGGAGCUCAGAGCAGUGGGAGCCAGGAGCCCUGCUCUCUCAAAUUUCGAAUUAGUGGCUUCUUGCAGGUGCCCUUGGUGGGGUGGACUGACUACAAGACAGAGCAGGCUUGUGAGGCCAGGAAGACAUGCAGGGAGACUGUGCAAAUAAAACCCAAGUGGGGGGCGGGGAAGGGGACCCAUGUAAUAUAGGUGAAAAAGCAAGCCAAGUGUCCUUGGGAAUCGUUUCCUGGAGGGAGCCACAUACACAGAGCAGGCAGAUCUGCAGGCCAAUGGGGAGGAAGGGGGAUGGCUAUAGUUAGUGACUGGGGGAUCAUUUAGCUCUGGGAGAAAAAUCAGUGUUUUGUGAAGGUUUGUGGGGAGGGGCUGCAUCUAGGUGAGGGGGUGUGAUCCUUUGGGAGAUUGUGAGCAGAAAUAAAAGUGGAGUUUUCUCUGA